AUGAACUUCGCACCUUAUCAAGAUACUGAUCCGACCACCGAGCGCGCUCUGAGCCCACCACCGGCAGGUAAACGCACAUCCAUCGACAGCCCACGAGUUCGAAGCCCGCCCCCAAAUAGACCGAAUGGCAUCUCGCGCGGCAUCUCAAACAUCCAGCCUCUCCCUCCUCCCGAUGCUUUUGCAGACUACGAGCCAUCCAACAGGCCGAUGAUGAGUGGCGAAGAAAGAGGCACGCAUUUGGAAGCCUUUCAAACAAGUCUACCAAUGCGGCUCGACCAUGAAGCGAUGCUGGCAUAUAUUCUGCUUCCGCCCGCUGGAGGAGUUCUUCUCUUGCUGCUUGAGCACAAGAGCGAUUACGUUAGAUUCCACGCCUGGCAGUCUUCGAUGCUGUUCUCUGCCCUUUUUGUUCUACACCUGAUCCUCGUCUGGUCGAGCAUACUGUCAUGGCUGUUGUUCGGCAUCGAUUUGUGUCUGAUCGCUUUUCUUGCGAUGCAUGCUUACAGGGAUGUCGAGACUCUGGACCAUUUCGAAGUUCCUAUCAUUGGCCGGAUAGCCAAUUCGUGGGUCGAUGCCGAAUAG